UCCUUGUCAUUGUGACACAGCUCACCACUGCACAAAACCAAAUGUGACCUCUGCUUUUAACCCAUCACCAAAGUGAACAGGGGGCAGCUUUAAGCACCCGGGGAGCAGUGAGUGAGGACGGUGCCAUGUUCAGAGCACCUCAGUGGUAACCUGAGUAUCGGGUCAGACUUCCUGUGGGUCAAAUAAAGCAAUCAGUAAUGUUGAAGUGAUCAAUAAAGUGAUUCAUUUAUCAGCACCGAGAUAGAACAGUCGACUAAAGACGUUUGAUGUUUGUUUGUUUGUAUUUUAUCAUUAGCUCUGACUGAAUCUAUACUCUAAAGUUUAACUGUUUUGUAUCUUUGAAUCAAUUUUCAGCCAACCACAGCAUUCAAACAAGCCUUACAACUGUGGACGGAACCAAUCAAAGGCAAGAAAGGAUGAUUUUCAGCCAAUUAGAGCUUAGAACUCUGAUAGAGCUCACCUUGAGGUAAUGAGAGCUCAGAUGUUUGGAAGGUCUGCUGCAGGACAGAGGAGAACACCAGUGAUUUGUUUGUCUUGUGGGGAGUAGAAGAAGAAGAAGAAGGAGAAAAAGGAGGAAUGGAAGCAAGGCUGGAACAGUUUGAUGAAUGAAGGAGAAGACUGAGAGGAAAGAAGGACAUCAACAACCUUGGGGGACAGUGAGGACUGCUCAGAAAAAGCAGAGCAGCAAUUCAGAAACGACAGAAAGAUCAGAAUUGGGUCAGAUUUGUGGAAGCAUGAAGCUGGGUGAGAAGAAGACGGUGCUGCUGGCCUUCAGGGAAAACAUUGAGAUGAAGUUGUUUUCUUCAGACGAGCCCUGUGUGGUAAUGCCGACCACUGAGGAGGAGGAGGAGGAGCACAGCUUCAACCAGAGUCCACAGACCAGAAGGACCAGAAUGCACUGGGAACAGAGAAGUUCAAACAGAAACCGGGAGCACCCCCUGGAUCCUGAUUCUGAGGAGUUGUCCGAGUCUGACGAUGAAGUCCAGAUCCGAUCCAGGUCCCGGGUCGAGCCCAAAUCAGAGCUGCCUGCUAGUCACGUGACUGUGCACGGCUCGCCAGUGUCUGCCUUAGGAGAAGAAACUGAGAUAGAAAUGGAGGUUUUUCCUCCCCUCAUGGUGUCAAAGAGUAAAAUACUGGAGCAGCCACAGAGCAACAAAGCAGGUUGUGUCAAAUGGAAGAGGACGACGCCACGUAGGACAGGCCUAGUGGUCAAAGAUGUUAUCUGUCUGCACGAAGAACACGGCCUGACACAGUUGGAGAGAUACGUCGUUCCACAGGUCGAAGAACAAGUCGUUCCAGGAGCUUCAGGAAUGACCGCUCGAAUCACCGUAGACUGCGCUUGGUCCACCAAACAGAUGGAGAGUCGACUGGUUAUGACCUUCAGAGGGAAACAGUCAGGACAAAGAGUCUCCUUUGUUUAUCUUCAGAGUCUUCCAGGCUCCAAGGUUCUAUUUGUUCCAGAAACACCUGCAGAAGGUUGGACAGGAGAGCAGGUCCUGAGGAUUUCUGGACACGGCCCUCUGUAUGUCCUCGCCUACCUGGAUGUCCAACAGACGGAUUCUGAAAAAUCUGCCAACGUGUCACCUGAGAGAAACAGGUCAGACAAGGUAUCUGUGUAUCAGGAAGAUUUGCUCUGAGGUGAGCACAGGCAGUUACAGGAGUGAAGAUAAAAAGAUAAGAAGAUAAGGCGCAGCAUCUUGGUUGAGAACCGUCAAGUUGCGCUGACUCUGCAGAACAGUUCGAAACACUCAGCACAGUUUCAACUGGGGAAACAAUGGUUACUAGAUGAAAUAGUGGUUCCAAAAACCUCAGCCUUUUUCUUUUGUUUUGUUUUUCUUUUAAAUGGUAGGUUAUAAAAUUGAACUUUUGAGAUUUUUAUAGCUAGACUUUAAAAAAAAAAGACAUGAAAAUGCUUAUUUAAAAUGAUGAAACAAAAUACUAUAGGUCCCACAUUUCUGCUCUAAUUGUAUGGAAUAAAAAGUAUUCAUUUUUCAUAACAACAAUAAUGACAAUGUGCAAUAAUAUUGUCAUAUAAAAGAAAAAACAAUCUAUUGUACCAAUGCAUUUUAUUAUUUUAUGUUUAAAUAAAUUAUUGAAUAAAUAUGCCAUUAAUUCUUUUCACCUUUUGUGUGUUCUGGUGUAUGCAUGAUACAGUAUACAGACACAAAUUCCAGUGAAUACUAGUUACAUUUUAGUUAGUUACCAAGGAAAGUAUUUAUUGUGUCAUUAAAGUAGCUUGUUGGUGAAGACAGUAACUGCUGUGUAUUUUGUUAAAUAUAACAUUUGUUAAAUGAAUGUAAUAGAACAAGGGGUGUCCCACUCAUUUUAACUAGGGGCAGGGGGGCACAUCAAUAACACAGUUCCCCUUGAAUGUCCGGUUUUAAAUGGAAGACUGUAUCGAAGGUAUUAAUAAAUGUUUCUGCAGUUGAUUAUUAUUUAUUCAAGUUACAAUUAUAAGUUUUAUUGGUGUAAUUUUCUUUUUUACAGAGAUGAAGGUAGUGUUUUGGUUUUUUUUUAAUUCACCAAACCAGAAACUGUAGAUCUUGAAAUUCGUUCUCCCUCCCAAAGCUGAAACAGAUCUCUGAGUUGUUUGAGCGUUCUGUUUCCAUACACACAUUUAUUCUUUGUGCUCCAUGGCAACAAUUGUCUGUGACUGUGAACACACCACAGCUCUUUAAUCUGAGAUCACUCUCAUAACCACAAAACGUUCUUUUAAACACCUUCAGCAUAUCUUACAUCACUCAAGGGUGUUUUAUUUAAUUACAAAGACUUAAAGAUUACAUAAAAUGUAUUUUACGUACAGUUGAAAACAACAUGUUCACGUAAAACAAGAUCAGAUUUAUUUAUUUAAAACAAUGUAAAGCAGCAUUGGUUUUUUUACCCAACAAUUCAUCCUUACAUUAAAGAUUCAAGAAUCUUUUGUUGUGACAACAAAAAAUAACAAAUGUGCUUUAUAAUCAAUGUACAGAAAUGUCAGUGCAUGAAAAGAGUGUUAAGUAAUUCAUUCAUUAAUCACUAGUGAUGUGUCGGAUCCAUGAUUCUAGGUACUCAUGAAACAAUUAAAUGCUAAGAUUGGGUAUAAAAGCAGCAACCAAUACAGGUCAUGUCUCGUCACUUUGUGCACUGUGUCAUAGAAGAAGUUUACUUUGAACACAUCGAACUACAACAAAAGGUUCCAACAUUGUGUUUAUAUAUUUAGCUAAGUGAAUGGCCCGACUUUUGUAGGCUGUAUGGAAAGCACUAGCUCCAGUAUUUUUUGUCUUCUUUUCUGAUAAAUGUUUAACUGAACUACCAAAAUGACAAAUCAGAUUUUAUCACACUGUUGUCCCUGAAACCACCUUUUCUGAAAGUGAGGUUGGGAUCAGUGAUAAUAAUGCCAAUGUGGUCAACUUUGGAUGGGACCUGUGUGGGCCUGCAGCCAUGUGUUGAAACCCGGCAGACAAAUUCUGGGUUAGGAUACAGCAACACACGAAACAAUAAAUAUAUUUACAAUUAUUCAUAUUGAUUCAAGUAAAACCAAAGCUACAC